AUGGUAUUUCUCCUGCUGCUGCUGCUGCUGAUGCUGCUGAUGCUGAUGCUGCUGCUGCUGCUGAUGCUGCUGAUGCUGAUGCUGAUGCUGCUGCUGCUGCUGAUGCUGCUGCUGAUGAUGAUGAUGAUGAUGGUGGUCGUGGUGGUGGUGGUAGUGGUGGUGGUGGUGCUGCUGAUGGUGGUGGAGGUGCUGCUGCUGCUGAUGGUGCUGCUGCUGCGGCUGCUGCUGCUGCUGCUGAUGGUCGUGUUGGUUGUGGUAGUGGUGCUGUUGCUGGUGCUGAUGCGGUUUGGAGGAGGGCCAGCACCAGCAACAGCAGCAGCAGCAGCAGCAGCAGCAACAGCAGCAGUAGCAGCAGUAGCAGCAGCAACAGGAGCAGAAGCAGCACUACCGCUACCAAUACCUGUAGCAGCUUAUGUAGUAGUAGCAGCAGCAGCAGCAGCAGCAGCAGCAGCAGCAGCAGCAGCAGGAGCAGCAGCAGCAGCAGCAGCAUAA